AUGGCCUCCUACAACUCAUCCGUCGGUCUUGGACAAGCUAAACUCCUGCCUGUCACGGGCGGCUUCGCCCUACCCUUCACCGUCUAUCUCCUGUGGCUGUCUGCCCGCUGUGUAUGGAUCCGGAACAGCAGCGACGCCUUCAGCGGGGGAGCGAGGGCGGCUAAGAAGACCGAGCAGUCCAAUGGGUACAACGAUCUCCAAGUCGCGACGCGCGCGCACGCCAAUUUUGUCGAGAACGUGCCUCUGGCGCUCGUCCUUGCCGGCACGGCUGAGCUAAACGGGGCAAACCGCACUGCCCUCUCCGUGGUCCUGGGAGGGCUCUUCAUAUUACGCGUGCUGCAUGCCGAGCUCGGGCUGUUCAGGCCCGGGUCGAUGUCCGUCGGGAGACCUCUUGGAUAUUUUGGUACCUGUGCCCUGUUGGGGGGGUUGGCUUGGUAUAAUGCUUGUUUGGUUGGGGAUUAUUGGGGGCCCUGA